CUAGUAGCUCUAUGGAUGACUAACUCGAAACAGUCGGAAUGGAGUAUCCUGAUUGUGUUACAUGCAGAUGGUAUGACCGUUCUUGUCAGUGUGAUUUGUAACAUUAUGAUCGACCGGAAAUAAGAAUUCAUCUGAAAAAUUUCGAUUUGGCGUGUUAUUCGGUUGCAAUUUCCCAACGCAUUCGCGCACGCAGAGCGCCGAUUUGUCUCCCCGGAUCCCUUCGUUCGUUGCAUUACUCAAGUCGAUAUGAGUGUUUUGUUCCUCUCAACGACAGUCCUCUUGUAUCUUUACUUUUGUCUCUCUGUCGUUUCCUCUGCAAACAACCAGGUCCGCACUAAAGUAAUGGUGUUCGAGGAUGAAGUAACAAAUUGCGACGAUAAGGAUUAUGUGCUGAGCAUUGGCCCUUUCUCUGUUUCACGCGUUGGCCUUUAUAUGCUCAUCAACGGGAAAGUCGCUGCUCGUAGAGACCUACUUAAUCCAAUAUCGUUUAAAUUUCGGAUCGAAAAAUGCGGAGACAAGGGAAACCCAAAUUCCUGCGAAUAUUACACUACUUGGAAGUGGGAUGAUGCAUGCACUACACUGAAUGUGCUGCCAUUUACGAGGAGUUUUUAUAAUUCUCACGUGCCCAAACUUAACGCCUGCCCUUAUAAAAAGAGUGUCUACGAGAUAAGGAAUUAUACGGUGCGAUCGGAUACGAUGUUGAAUUUGUUUCCAACUGGGGGCAACUCUCUCUGGAAAUUCCGCGUGACAUUCAAAGAUAAAACGGAGGAAAUUAUCUCUUGUGUGAAAUGCAGUUUUCGGUUUGCGACGAUCAGGAAAAAACUUUGACUGUUACAAUUCAAACAAAUCCUCAUAUUUUUUGAGUAGCUUCAUAUGAGCUAAAAGAAAAAAUCAACCUACAAUCUUUA